CAUUCAGAUAAAGAGAUUGCUGAUUCUGAAACAAGAAAAACUGAUUUGAAGAAAGAUGAUUCACCAGUAGAACAUUCAGAUAAAGAGACAGAUCAAUCUGAAACAAGAAAAGAUUCUAAUCAAAAUAAAAAUGACCAAAAAGCAGAAGAUCAUUCAGAUAAAGAGAUUGCUGAUUCUGAAACAAGAAAAACUGAUUUGAAGAAAGAUGACUCACCAGUAGAACAUUCAGAUAAAGAGACAGAUCAAUCUGAAACAAGAAAAGAUUCUAAUCAAAAUAAAAAUGACCAAAAAGCAGUACGUCAUUCAGAUAAAGAUAUUGCUGAUUCUAAAACAAUAAAGACUGAUUUGAAGAGAGAUGACUCACCAGUAGAACAUUCAGAUAAAGAGACAGAUCAAUCUGAAACAAACGAACCUUCUAAUCAAAAGAAAAAUGACCAAGAAGCAGAAGAUCAUUCAGAUAAAGAGAUUGCUGAUUCUGAAACAAGAAAAACUGAUUUGAAGAAAGAUGACUCACCAGUAGAACAUUCAGAUAAAGAGACAGAUCAAUCUGAAACAAGAAAAGAUUCUAAUCAAAAUAAAAAUGACCAAAAAGCAGAAGAUCAUUCAGAUAAAGAGAUUGCUGAUUCUGAAACAAGAAAGACUGAUUUGAAGAGAGAUGACUCACCAGCAGAACAUUCACAUAAACAGACAGAUCAAUCUGGAACUAGAGAAGAUUCUAAUCAAAAUACAAAUUACCAAAAAGCAGAACAUUCAGAUAAAGAGACAGCUCAAAUUGAAACAGGAGAAGCUUCUGAUCAGAAGAUAUAUGACUCAGCAGCAGAAGAACAUUCAUAUAAAGAGACUGUUCAAUCUGAAACAAGAGAAGAUUCUGUUCAGAGGAGAGAUGACUCAGUAGCAGAUGAACAUUUAGAUAAAGAGACUACUGAAUAUGAAACAAGAAACACUUUUGAUCAAAAUAGCAGUGGUACAGAAAGGGCUGAAUCAUUAAAAAAAAAAAGCAAAUUUUCUGAUCAGAAGAGAAAUGACUCAGUAGCAGAAAAACAUUCAGAUAAAGAGACUUCUGAAUCUGAAAGAAACAAACAUUCUAAUCAAAAGAAAAAUGAUCAAGAAGCAGAAGAUCAUUCAGAUAAAGAGACUGCUGAUUCUGAAACAAGAAAAACUGAUUUGAAGAGAGAUGACUCUCCAGCAGAAGAUUCACAUAAAGAUACAGAUCAAUCUGAAACAAGAGAAGAUUCUAAUCAAAAUAAAAGUGACAAAAAAGCAGAACAUUCAGUUAAAGAGUUAGCUCAAAUUGAACCAGGAGAAGCUUCUGAUCAGAAGAUAUAUGACUCAGCAGCAGAAGAAGAUUCAGAUAAAGAGACUCCUGAAUCUGACAAAGGAGAAGAUUCUGAUAAGAAAAUAUAUUACCGUGGCACAGACAGUACUGAAUCAGUAACAAAACAAGUUUCUAAUGAAACAACUGAUGAUAUAAAAUCAGAAAAUCAUCCUGGUACAAAGACUGAUAGAUCAAAAAUAAGCAAAGUUUCUUAUCAGAAGAGAGAUGACCCAGAAGGAGAAGAGCAUUCAGAUAAAAAGACUACUAAAUGUGAAACAAACAAAUUUUCUACUCAAAAGAAAAGUGACCAAGAAGCAGAAAAUCAUUCAGAUAAAGAGACUGCUGAUUCUGAAACAAGAAAAACUAUAAUUUGUAAUAAAACAACUGAUAUAAAAUCAGAAAAUUAUCCUGGUACAAAGACUGAUAGAUCAGAAAUAAGCAAAGUUUCUGAUCAGAAGAGAGAUGACUCAGUAGCAGAAGAACAUUCAGAUAAAGAGACUGCUGAAUCUGAAACAAACAAAUCUUCUAAUCAAAAGAAAAAUGACCAAGAAGCAGAAGAGUAUUCAGAUAAAGAGAUUGCUGAUUCUGAAACAAGAAAGACUGAUUUGAAGAGAGAUGAUUCACCAGCAGAACAUUCAGAUAAAGAGACAGACCAAUCUGAAACAAGAGAAGAUUCUAAUCAAAAUAAUGUCUAAUGAAACAAGAGAUGAUUCAGUAGUA